AGUCAACCUUCGUACAAACUUUUCUUUGUGCUGUUCGCAACGAUAACAGGUGCUAACCCAACUCCUGAUUCUGUGCACGCAUGGUUUGGUCGAAAAUUCUUCCUGCAUAUUUAACGUGUGUGCACUCAAGUCUGCGCUUGUGAUACCGCCCCACAACGACCAUUCCGUGCCCAAAAGUGGCGCGUUCGCUCGCCGACUGAUCACGGACAGGGUUCUCCAAACACGAUUUUCCGACGGCUCUGGUGAGUAUACGAAUGCCUCGUAGUCUGUAAGGGGGUGAAUGUUCGAUCGGUUUGCACUGGUAUGCAGAGAUCCGUCUCUAACUGUCCGCACAGAGCUGAUAAAUCACGCUCUACUCGUCAAGAACACAAAGAGUCGAACAUGGGCGACGACAGCGUCCCUGCGCAACGCAUCUGUCUCGGUGCCGACUGCAAGAACGAAGCGACAACACUGCAGUGUCCUACGUGCCAGAAGCAAGGCAAGGACAGCUUCUUCUGCUCUCAGGACUGCUUCAAGAAGAACUGGAGCGAGCACAAGAAAGAGCACAAGACACAAAGUAACAACCCAUUGCGCUCCUUCAUUGCCCCGAAAGUCGUAUCUGAACCUGACGCAGCUGGUCAUUACAACCCAUUCCCGACGUUCGCGUACACGGGGCCCCUCAGGCCUGUGUACCCGCUCUCUCCGCGACGCCAUGUUCCUGCGAAGAUCAGGCAUCCGGACUAUGCGAGGGAUGGAAUCCCGCGAUCUGAGCAGAAUCUGAUUGGGAGAAGGAACAUCGCCAUUCUGAACGAGAAGGAGCAGGAGGCCAUGCGCAAAGUGUGCAGGCUCGCCCGAGAGGUGCUUGACAUUGCUGCGGCCGCGGCGAAGCCCGGCGUUACGACGGACUACAUUGACGAGAUUGUGCACAAGGCUUGCAUUGAACGUGACUCGUAUCCUUCGCCCUUGAACUACUGCCACUUCCCCAAAUCUGUUUGCACUUCGGUCAAUGAAGUCAUCUGCCAUGGCAUUCCUGACCAGUACGUCCUCCAGGACGGCGACAUUCUCAACAUCGAUGUGACUCUGUACCACGGCGGUUUUCACGGCGACCUCAACGAGACGUACUACAUCGGCGACAAGGCACUCGCGGACCCAGACAGCGUGCGCGUGGUCGAAUGCUCGCGUCAGUGCCUCGACGAAGCCAUCAAACUUGUCAAGCCGGGCAUGCUGUUCCGCGAGCCGGGCAACGUGAUCGAGAAGCACGCGAAGACGCUUGACUGCAGCGUCAUCAAGACGUAUUGCGGGCAUGGCAUCAACCAGCUGUUCCACUGUGCCCCGAACAUCCCGCACUAUGCAAAGAACAAGGCGGUAGGUACGGCGAAGGCGGGCAUGUGCUUCACGAUUGAGCCCAUGAUUGCGCUAGGCACGUGGAAAGACAAGACAUGGCCGGAUGACUGGACGAGUGUCACGCAGGAUGGCAAGAGGACGGCGCAAUUCGAGCAUACACUGCUCGUCACGGAGGACGGAGUGGAGGUUCUGACAGCGAGAAAGGCGGAUUCGCCUGGCGGGCCCGUCCCGAUUCCAAAGGCGGAAGGGGCUGCCAAGUCAUAGGCGAUGGGACGGAGGAAGCAGCAGCCAGGCUCGUGGCUGCCUGACCAGCUCUUUGGCUCGGUUCCGUGUCCGGGGCAGCUUUUUCGGAAGGCGCAGCGCGAUGCUUCACGCGACGUUUGCGAGACGGGCAGGGGCUCGCUUGCAGACUCGCCGGUCGCUCCUCCCAGCGAUGCGCCUGGGUGCCUGGAGGAAUGGGGCUGGGAGACGAACUUGAUGCCUGGGAUGAGCAGUUGGCAGGCUUCUGCGGUUGAUCGAGGGACAGGAGAGAUGGCGGAACGGGCAUGGCAGGUCCUGAACUUGCCGUCGCCGCGGGAGGGCGAGAGCGGAAAGGUCUGUGCAAGCUGGGACCGGCUGGAGGCAUGUCGAGAAACCCGGCGGCAGACUCAGAGACGACGGGGCGUAGGUGCUAGCUCAGCGCGUGCUGGACGUGUUCAUCAGGUAGAAUGAGUAACAGUAAGAAGCUGCCGGAGCAGCGCUCGUCCCCAGUGUUGGGGAGUGUCCCGACCGGCGGCGUUUGACCCAG